AUGGAAACUUUACCAGUUGAAAUCUUUGAUCUCAUCUUGGCUCAUUUAACAUUAACCGAUUGGAAAUGUUUACGUUUAACAAGUAGAACAAUCUAUACACGUCUUUCAUCAUUUUCAUCUUAUUCUCAUAUACAUUCAAUAAUUCUUUCACCAAAAUCAUCAUCUGGUAUAACACUUCUUGAUAAAGCAACAAUAAUCGAAGGUAUUGAUCAUUUAUCAUUAUCAAAUUAUAAUUAUACUGAAUUAAAUAUACUUCUUCAAACAUCGGAACCAUUUCGUUCAUGUCUUAGUCAAUUAAAAAGUUUAUCAUUUGCACGUUCUACAACAUUAAUUGAUUUACGUAUUUUUUAUGAUUUACUUACAUAUUGUAAAUCAUUAGAAAAACUUGAUUUAAGUGAUUAUAAAUUCUUUUUUCUAUCACAUAAUUUUUCACGAAAUUCAAAUGUAUAUCCUUCAAUAAAACGACUUAAUUUAAAUGGUAAUACACAUUUAUCAGAUUAUGCAUUUAAUUGUCUAAUGACAUCAUUUCCAAAUAUUGAAUCAUUACAUUUACUUGAUAUUCCAUUACGUUCAUUUAUUACACCUAAUGAAAAUCGUACAAUUCUUACAUUUGAAAAUGUUUGUUCAUAUAUUCAACAAUAUCAUGAACGUUUUCAAGCAUUAACUAUAUCAUUUGAUCCAUCACUAUCAUGUGAUACACAAAUAAAACGUUUAUUUGAUAAGAUACCAACAAAAUUAACUUAUUUUCAUAUUGAUGGAACAUUAAAUGUAUCAACAUUACUUCAUCUUCUUCUUCUUUUUGAUAAUCAUUUAGAAACAUUGAUUGUUGGACGUCUUAAACUUGAUCAUACUGGUUGUCAACCAUUAUUUGCUGCUCUUAGUCAAUAUGCAUCUAAUUUAAAAAAAAUAUGCGUAUUUUUAAAUAUACCAUUACAUCUUUCUGCCACUCAACAACAACAAAUACGUUUUCCAGUUUUAAAUCGAUCAUCAGAUAUAUCAUUAUCACCAUUAAAGCAAUUAAACGACCUUGAUAUUCAAACAUUAUAUCCAUUGAAUGAAAUUGAUCUUAUCAAUUUAUUUAGUGAUAGUUUAGCACAUUUAGAAAAAUUAGCUUUACCAAGAAAUACAACUGAUGUUGUUAUUAAACAUAUAUGUACACAAUCAUCAUUUAUUGUAUCAAUAACACAUUUAAAUUUAAGUAAUUGUCCAUCAUUAUCAAAUCGUUCAAUAUUAUUAAUAAACAAAUAUCUUUCAUCAUUAAAAGAAUUAACAAUAAAUUAUAAUAUAAAUAUAAAUGAUUUUGCUUUAAUUGGUCUAUCAAUAUGUGGUAUUGGUAAAACGAUUGAAUGGCUUAAUCAAACAAUGAUAAAUCGACAAUUUAUUGAUGAUUUACCAAUAUGGACAUAUACAAUAACACAUCAAACAUUAUGUAGAUGUCAAUUACCAACAUAUAUAUCAUCAUCAUGUAUUAAACUUCGUUUAAAAGAUUUUAGUUUUGAUAAUGAUGAAUAUUCGGAACGAAUAUUAUUUAUGUUAACUGAACAUAAAUUAUUUAAUGAAUAUUUUGAUUCAAUAAAUAAAUUACAAAAUUUAAAAACUCUUAAAUUACGUCAAUGUAUACAAUUAACAAAUCGUUUAUUUCGGUUUGGUUUACGUUCAUUACCAAAUUUAAAAUAUUUAGAUAUAAGUUUAUGUGAAAAAAUAAAUGAUAAAAAUUUAUCAUUAAUUGGUCAAGCAUGUCCAUCAAUUGAAACAAUUGAUUUAAGUGGUUGUUCUAAAAUAACUGAGAAAGGAAAAGAAAAUUUAAAGAAUACAGCUAAAAGAGUAAAAAUUGUAGAUUAA